AUGGCGACUCCAAGAUCACCGGCGACAGAUUUCUUCGGAAUCUCAAAGACAGCAUGCAAAGCAUACAAGUCCCUCGUCACCAAAUUACAUCCUCUUUCUUCUCAUCGCAAAUCCGAUUCCCAUUCCGACACCGAUUCCGCAAUCCACCGGAAAUAUAUGGAGGAGAAAUUCGCCGGGGAGGAUGAUCUGAUCGCUGCCCGGAGAGGUCUCCGGUUACAAAGCAUGGACGAUAACACCGUAUUCAAACGCCGUUCUUCUUCUCUGCGAUCAAAUUCCAGCAGCCGUCGCAGCCACACGCCGCAAGCUAGACCAACAUACCUCUCCUACUCCUCCUCAACCUCCUCUUCCAACCACCGAUUUUUUUUCUCAAGAACCACAAGCCGUAGUAAAGAUCACGAGGGUAUCAAAUCACGUCCCGUCUCUAACAAUACAAGCCCUAUAACGUCACCAUUCACGAGCCCUAGAGGGAAAGAUAAAACGUUGGCUGAUUUAUUCGGUGACGUGGAAGGACUAACCUCUCCUCCUCCUCCCUUUACGAAGAGCCGUAGCAAGAGAGAUAAAGAGAAGAGAGAGUCGGCUACGUUUGUGCCGUUUAGGAAGAGUAAGAGCACGAGGGAUACGGUGGGAUCGAUGGGGAGGAGUAUAAGCAGGAGAAGCUCAACGCCGAUUGUUUUCUCUCAGUCGACGCCACCGAAAAAGCCACCGGCGGUUGAGAGAAUGCUUGAGUGUACGUUGGAGGAACUCUGUCAUGGUGGAGUCAAGAACAUCAAGAUUACUAGAGACAUCAUCACCGAUGAAGGAUUGAUUGUGAAACAAGAAGAGACGUUAAGAGUGAACAUCGAACCAGGAUGGAAGAAAGGGACCAAGAUAACAUUUGAAGGAGUAGGGAACGAGAAACCUGGCUACCUCCCUGAAGACAUCAUAUUCGUG